CAACCUAUCUUCUUGCUUCAUGUCAAGAGAAGAACAAGAGCCAAUCUAUAGCUAUAUCUGCAGGAACAACCCAAAACUAAACAGCCUUCAUUUUAAACUAAAACCCCUUCAGAAUUAAAAGAUGGCAAUGAUUCCGAGCUUCUUUGGUAACCCAAGAAGCAACAUUUUCGAUCCCUUCUCCUCUUUCGAUCUUUGGGAUCCAUUCAAAGACUUCCCCUUUCCUUCAUCUUCACUCGUGUCUCGUGAAAAUUCUGCUUUUGUGAAUGCUCGCAUGGACUGGAAGGAGACUCCAGAAGCUCAUGUAUUCAAGGCUGACCUUCCGGGACUUAAGAAGGAGGAAGUGAAAGUGGAGAUUGAAGAUGACAGGGUUCUUCAAAUCAGCGGAGAAAGGAAUGUGGAGAAGGAAGACAAGAGUGAUACUUGGCAUCGUGUGGAGCGCAGCAGUGGCAAGUUCUUGAGGAGGUUUAGGCUGCCAGAGGAUGCGAAGAUGGAUCAGGUUAAAGCUUCAAUGGAGGAUGGUGUUCUGACAGUGACUGUUCCUAAAGAAGAAGUCAAGAAACCUGAUGUUAAGGCUAUUGAAAUUUCUGGUUGAGAUACUGUUUCUUGUAAAUCAUAUAUAUGACUAAAUUACCUGCUCCUGAAGUGUUGUCUGCUUAAUUUUGUGUUUUACAGGUUAUGCUUGUUUAGUUUAUGUGUGAUGCAGGUACUGAGGUUGUAUUUAAUGUAAUGUUUGUCCGUUGAGCUAAUAAAAAUAGCAGCUGUUUUUGUAAA